AAUAGCGUAACUAUAGUUUGUGUAAACAGAAUAUUAUCGUACGAUUCAAAAUGGCUGAAAAGGGGGGUGAGAAUAUGGAAAAUAACAGCGCCGAUGAUGCAGUUCCUGGACGAAUAGAGCAAGUAUUAUGUCAACCGUGUUCAAGUAAGGAUAAACAAACGGAAGCUGAUGUUUUUUGCUCUAUUUGUGAUGAAUUUCAGUGCACGGAUUGUUCAAACAUACACAAAACGUAUGCUUUCAUGAAAAAUCACGAAUUAGUUAACGCAAAAGAUAUUAAAGAGAAACCAGUUUCGUUUGAUAUGAAGGGAUUAGACCAAUGUGAUCAACAUCAUAAAGAUUUAGAGUUCUUCUGUGAAGAUGAGACUCAGCUAUGCUGCAGUACCUGUGCUAUUGUGAAUCACCGGAAAUGCCACAGUGUCGUAGAAAUUAGGAUGAUCGCCAAAAGGUCUGAAUCAACGCGUUCCCAGUUAAAGGUCAAACUGCAAGAAAUAAGAAAGAAAGCUGAAACUGUUGUUCAAUAUACUAAGUCAUCAAAGGAACGACUGAAUAAAGAUGUUAAAGAUGUUACUGUAAAAAUUAAUCGAAUGCGUGAUAAUGUAAUGAAAAUGUUUGACGAUUUGGAAAUUUCCGUUGCUAAGGACGCUGAAUCAUUUCAGACAGAAACAGUCGAUAAAUUGACGAGGAAGCAAACAGACAGUGAGAAACAUGUUGCUGAUGCAACAACAUCUUUGGAAACAAUUGAUAAUGUUCACCAGAAAGGAACGCCAUCACAACAAUUUAUACUGGAACAUAGAAUGAAGAAACAAGUCGAUGAACUUAGCAGCAAUGUUGACAAGGAAUGUCAAAGGUUAGAGACUGUGACCGUUUCAUUUGAUUUUGAUGAAACAUUGAAACUUCCCCCACUUCCGAUUUCGUAUUUCGUUCCAGGACAACUGACAUUAAAAUGCUUUCUAUCGGAAGAUGUGGAACCUAUCGCACCUGUAGAUCCGAUCGUUAAGUUAACGAAGAUUACUUCCAUUGAUCUGAAGCAAACUGGCGAUGAUGUCAAUGAACUGUUAUACUCAGGUCUGGAUUUCCUACCGGAUGGUAGACUGGUUACCGUGGAUAAUGAAAACAAGAAAUGUUUGAUUUACAAUGAGAAGCUUGAGAAAGUAGGAUCAUAUCCGUUAUCGUAUAUACCACAGAGUGUAGUUGCUGUAUCUGAGGAGGAAGUGGCGAUAACAAGUAGCAAUGAAUACAAGAUAGACUUUCUACGUGUCAGUAAAUUUAAUGACAUAACUUUGAACAGGACAUGCUGGGUUAAGAAAAAGUAUGCCUCUAUAUGUAUGAAAGAUGGGAGAUGCUUUGUUGUUGGAACUGUCGAUUAUACAAGGCCAGUUCGUAUGGUAUCUCUGUCAGGAGAAGAGAAAGAUUUCAGUAUAAACUUUCCAAACAAGAAAUAUCCUGUGGGCGCGAGUGCUUGUACAUAUAUUAGGAACAGUGACAAAGUGGUUGUCACCGACAGAUACGAGCAUACUGUCUACAUAUAUGACAUCAAGAGCAACACUAGAGUUAUUGUCAAGGACGACCAGAUCAGUGAACCCAGAGGUGUAACAGUAGGUCCAUCGGAUUGUAUCCUUGUCUGCAGCAAAGGCAAUUCCAUUGUACAGAUCUCCCAAACAGGUCGUGUCCUAUCAUCGUACAAGUUAGAUAUGAAAUAUCCACGCAGACUCUGUGUUUCCAACGACAAAUCAGUUAUAGCUGUCACAAAUAGCGCGACUGGUGGAAUGAAGUUGCAGUUGCUAAGAAUUACAUUAUAAAUUCAAUAACAUCGUUGAGCUCUUUUAGCUACAUACUAUCUUUAAAGAGCUCAGCUCAGUAUAUGGAAGAAGAGCAUACUUUACUAUUUCCACAAUAAAAUGUACAGACACGAGUAGUACAUUUAAAUUAACAAAGUUUGAUAAAAACAUACAACAAUCAAAAUAGUACAAACAAACAAAAGAAAAUAUUAAUCGAAUGGAUUGGAAAACAAGCUACUUAAAACGUAUUUGUAUUCCGCUCCAUAAAAAACAAAGACAAAUAUCAAACAGGGAAUGCCACGCACCAAAAACGCAGCCUCCUCAAAAUGAAACCCACAACACGCAGACGCGUGCACCACACACACACACACAGCCAACACAUUAGGACAAAACGAACAAACAAAGGAACACACACACACACACACACACACAUACACACAAAGCCAACACAUCAGGACAAAACGAAGUCGCCUUGUACAGCAAUAGUUACAGAAUAUAUUUUAACAUGCGUAACAACUAUUGACACAUUGUUCAAAUAUGUGAAAAUGAUAAUGUUUUUUCAAAUGUUUUAAUUGCGAAAAUAUAAAUUUAUAAGAUAUUUAAUAAAUGACAUAAAUGAUUGUAGAUGAAAAUAUAUACAUAUUUAACACUUUCCUUUGUUAGUAAUUCAAAAUUUAAACAAAAAAUGAAUAAAAAAGUGAUUUAAGGCAUUUAUGUUUUAUUGAUAUUAGGAGACAGGGGAGACAACCAACGUAUUAUAUAGAAAAUACAUUAAAGAUGUUUUAUUACAUAUUGAUUCAUAAAGUGUUAGUAUAAUUAUC